AUGAAGGAGCAUGGCGUGUGCCAGUCAAACUUUGUGGACACUGGAAGUUUCUUAUUUUUAAAUAAUAUUUUCAUAAUUCUUUUCUUAUUGCUGUGCAAGUCCCAUUUUGUGUCAGCACUUACAGUUGUCUUUGUCAACUCAAAAUCAUUAUCAUCGAUCAAAAUUGAAGACACAUCAGUGGAUGAUCUUUCAUUGAAAAUUCUAGUGGCCAACAAUAGUGAUACUCUAAGACUCCUAAAAAUGAGUAGCUGUCCUCAUGUUUCCUCUGAUGGAAUCCUUUGUGUAGCUGAUCACUGCCAGGGCCUUAGAGAACUGGCAUUGAAUUAUUACAUUCUAAGUGAUGAACUUCUCCUAGCACUUUCAAGUGAAACUCAUGUUAACCUAGAGCAUCUUCGAAUUGAUGCUGUGAGUGAAAAUCCUGGACAAAUUGAAUUUCAUUCUAUUAAAAAACAAAGUUGGGAUGCACUUAUUAAACACUCCCCUGGAGUGGAUGUUGUUAUGUAUUUCUUUUUAUAUGAAGAAGAAUUUGAGGCAUUCUUCAAAGAAGAAACCCCUGUUACUCACCUUUAUUUUGGUCGCUCAGUAAGCAAAGCAAUUCUAGGACGGAUAGGUCUUAACUGUCCACGACUAAUUGAGUUAGUGGUAUGUGCUAAUGGUCUUCAGACUCUUGAUACUGAACUUAUUUGUAUUGCUGAACACUGUAAAAACUUAACAGCCUUGGGCCUCAGUGAAUGUGAAGUUAGCUGCAGUGCAUUCAUUGAAUUUGUAAGACUGUGUGGGAAAAGACUAACCCAGCUCUCUGUAAUGGAAGACGUUUUGAUCCCUGAUGAUGAGUAUAGCCUAGAUAAAGUUCACACUGAAGUCGCCAAACACCUGGGAAGAAUAUGGUUCCCUGAUGUCCUGCCUGUCUGGUAAUUGGCUACCAAAGAUUGUUAA